CAAUUUACAGCAGUGUGACCAAGGGUAAGUCUCUUCGGCUAAACUCCGCAAAUUGCUCAAAAUGGCCAAACGUACAAGGAAAGUAGGAAUCACUGGAAAGUAUGGAACCCGUUAUGGUGCUUCCCUCCGUAAGAUGGUGAAGAAGAUUGAAAUCUCCCAGCACGGCAAAUGCACCUGUGUUUUCUGUGGAAAGGAUUCCAUGAAGCGUAAGGUCGUUGGCAUCUGGCACUGCAAGAUCUGCCGCAAGACUGUGGCUGGAGGUGCCUGGGUAUACAGCACCACAGCUGCUGCCACCGUCAGGUCCGUAGUACGUCGUCUCCGUGAAAUGCAGGACAUUUAGAAUGGAUUUCCUGUAAAACACAAACUCUUUCAAAACACUUCUUGUACAGCCAGUUAUCAGUCUUCAGAUUCCACCCAAUCUGUCCUGAGAUGCAGCCAAGUCAGAUUUCCCUGGAGAAUUCAUGGAAGUUCCAAAAACAAGAGGGUUGCUUUGCACAUCAUGCCAUCGCUAUUGCAUCAGGACUCUCGAUCAACGUACUGUUGGACAUUCAGGGAAUGAGACCAUCGUCAUGGAUCACUUUGAUGAAUCUGUCUUUGCUCUGAGCAAAUCACAAAACUUUCAGUGCGCAUUUUGAGCAUGUGAGCCAACACAAUAAAGCCAGCAAAUUCCCACAUAAA